AUUCAGUUAGUGACUUAUAACUCUUUCAUCCAAUAAAACUCAGUUAAUUUGUUAAAUAGGAGAGAAAAUCAAGACUUAACUUCAAGACAAAGUUGAUUCUCCUAAAAACUUACAUAAGAAGAAACAUUUAUUGCAAUAAAUAUAUAUUUCUUCAGUUACACUUUACUCAUUUCAUUAAAUGUCUUAAAUAUUAAGUCAUUAUGUUUAUUUUAUACGGUUAUAUAUUUAAAACAAGUGCCUGAAAAAUAUAUGGCCAAAAGAGGGCUGUGUAUAUGUCUUACCUAAAAGCUUCGAGUGUUUUAAGGCUAAUUUAAAUGUUCAAUGUACAUGUCUUACCCAAAAGCUUUGAGUGUUUUUCUUCAGAUACUUAUAUACACUUCAGAAAAACAUACAAGUACACUGACUAUAGGUUUGUAUAUGUCUUGUGUCUAAAACAAAAUAAAAUCAAAUCCUUAACUUAAGUUUUUUUUUUACAAUUUCUAGUGAUACAGAAUAAAGUUUAUAAUUAUAUACAGUAAAAAAAUUUCGAAACAGAAUUUUUAUGACCUGUUUUUAAAGAAUAUUGCAGGCAAAUUAAUGUACAAUCAAAAUAAAUCACCAUAUUCUAAAAAGAUAUAUGACAAAUUUUAUCAGAAGAGGUAUAGCCAUAUAAUUAUUUUUUAUACAUAUAUCAUUUUUCUCUUGAAAUAAGCAAAAAAAAUAACAGGGGAAAUAAUCAAAUUAAAUUUCAUAACAACAGGAAGAGGAAGUGAGUUAUUUCCCUUCCAUAUUUUCAUUUAAAACCAAAAGAGGAAUUUCCAACUUUGUCAAACAGAAAGUCAACACAAUAUUUUUUUCUCAAUUAUUUUCAAGACGUACUGAUGCUGUCAAAUACAACUUUAAAAGACAUCAAGGGCAAAUAAGCAACAAAUAAAAGUAUGUGACAAAAUAAAUUUAGUGAGUGACUUCAACAUUUUUCCUUUUACUAAUAUAUUACAGAAUGUUUCAAGAACAUGAGUACAGAGAAAACCUAUCAUUGAUGUUAUCAGAGGUUUUAGAUGACAUUGGUGUCAAUGAAAGAAUGGUGAUGAGAAGAAGAAGACAUUACAUGCUGAAAGAGACUUUGGAAAAUAUCAUGUACAGGUUAAUUGAUACAUUCAACAUGACUCAAUAUUAUCUAGGUAGUCAGAGUGAAGGUACAACUACUAGAGGACUUGAUUCAGACGUUGAUAUACUAGUCUGUUCCCAUGUUUACAAUAUAAUACAAGACUGGUCAGAGUGGGAACAUGGCAAGAGAAACUAUCUCAUGAUACAGGAUGAGAACACUACCCCUGGUUAUUGUUUCUUACAACUGCUCUUACGUGAAGUACCUCUUCCUGCCACUUACAUUCCUAAUGAACACCAUAUAACUGAUAGAAGUGGAAGAAUAUUGUUUAAAAACACAGUAUUACAUGGUAUGGUGCCAGGUGUUGUAGAGCAUGGACCAUCACUUGCUAGACAAGGACAACAUGGACUAUAUGAUUCAGACCAUGUGUUAGCUUUACCCUGUAAAUCCUUGCAUCAAUCAGCAUCAGGUUUGUUAGAUAGACAAGGUAUUGGCAGAUGGCCAACACAAGACAUGAGAAGAUAUGCAGCCAGUACUGGGUGUUUUGUAGUUCCAACUGGAAGUAAAGUCAGUGUAUAUCCUGAACUGGAAUGGAGAAUAUCUACAACAUUGGCAGAAAGAUGUCUUAUCUUCAAUCUGAAUAUAACACAAAUAAGGUGCUAUGUAUUAUUGAAAAUGAUUCUUAAAUCCUUCCUUAAUCCUCAGGAUGAAAUCAAUAUAUCAAGUUUCAUGUGUAAAACAGUUCUAUUACACUGUAUAGAAAACACAGAGUCAAGUAUAUGGACAGAGAACAAUUUAUUUAUAUGCUUAACAUACUGCUUAUUAGAAUUACAUAGCUGUGUACAGAAUGACCGUUGUUCACAUUUCAUUAUCAGAGAAAAUAAUUUGAUGGCAGGGCAAUUUACAGCUGAAAAAAAACAUGAACUAUUAAAAAAAAUAAGUGAUUUUUUACAGAAUGACAAACAAAAGUUACUUACAAUUGAUAUUGAUGAUCUUGGUCAUAGACUGCAAGUUAAACUGAACAUGGUACCAAAUGGAGCAUAUCAAUAUCUAUCUUCUAUUGAAAUGAAUGAACAUUUUAUGACCUCAGAAUAUUUAAACAAAGCAUACGUUAAAAGCUUAAAUCAUAUGCUUGUUUUAAAACAUUUACAAAAUAAAAACAUUCGAACAAUGAAGCAUUGUAUAGGUAAACUAAUUACUUUCAAUGUUAAUGGUAAUAGAUUAGAUCAGGCUGCAUUCAAGUUUCUAGCACCUUUUCUUUUUACCACCUUUGGAUCUAUCCUAGCAUCAUUCAGCAUUGGUGAAAAUGAUCAAGUGUCACCCCGAGCAUUGGUUUGGCUAUCAGCUGGUUUAAACUCAGAUAUAUCAUCUAGCAGACUCAAAUUGGCUUCAGUGCUUUACAGUACAGGAGAUAUGGAGAAAGCUGAACUAAUUCUGAGACACACUGAACAACAAUAUUACUCUUAUCCUGUUGUACUUAUCUGUGGCUGCUGGGAUAAGCCUCUACCAGCAGUAACAGCAGAAUACAAGAGGGUCUGUGGUGAACAAAGUGAGGACUGUAUCAAACAUAUUACAUCAUUCUGUGUCAGAUUUAUACAGGAAGAGAUCAACUGUGUUCCUCAUGAACUACAAUAUGAAAUGUUCAGAUCUACACAAGAUGACAGGAUACAUAGAGAUCAGCUUAUAGACUAUUGGAUGGACUGGGCUGUAGUUGAUUCUCUACCUUUUCUAUACUUCCUACACUACAAGAUCUACAGGCAUCUACAAAGACAUCAAGAUCAAAAACAAGCACUUAGUAAACUUAUAAGAACCAUAGUAACUGAUGUAAACCUUUCACAUAGAGAAACAGCCUUAAACAUCUUAGGGCAAUGUAUGGAACAAGAAAACAGACCUCAACACGCAUUAAACUGCUACCUGCUUUCUCUUCAACAAAGGGCAAGAAACAAUGUAGCAAUCAUACAUAUAUGUAAGCUCCUUUCUGGCUUAUUGGCUAGCCAAUAAUAAGGGGUCAAAAACAGUGACAGUGUUACAAAUUAAGUUUUUAAUGAUCAUAAUUAUACUGCUUGUUUGUAUCAAACUGACUCAGAUGUUAAAAUUAUGCCUGUCAUCAUUCUUUCUGUAACUUUUUAGUUUCAAAUAACACAAUCAAAGUGAAUGUAACCAAGUUUUUAACUUUUCACUACACAUUUGAGGGUCUUUCAGUUAUACUUUCAUACGAAUUAGCAACUAAUAUGUGACAUGAUAUUUAUAAUCUUAUACUGUCAUAAAGUAUGAAAUAAAAAAAAUAAAACUGUA